GGCUCAGCAGCGCCCAGCUAGGCAGCGCCCCGCGCGGCGCAGUGGCAGGUCAACUCCGGCUCACGCGGAGGGGAUCUGCCAGAGGCUCCUUCACCCGAUUUCUGCCCGGUUGUCACUGCCAUGAGUGAGCCCAGCGAAAGGACGUGAGAGUGGGGCACUGCUGACGGAGCAAGAUUCCUGAACUUCGCUUCCACCGAUGAGUGGGUGGAGCGAGCCUCUAUACCUGGGCCCUUUCUGCAGCCGCGGUUCCCAUCCGGAGACAGACUUGGGCAGGCCGGGCUUAGAUAAGCUUGGUCAGGUGGCCCCACCAGCCUCUUUCUUAGCUGGGGACUAAUGUCCCAGAACCCUCAGGAGAAAAGCCAGGCCAACCCCCGCCGCCGCUGCCGCCCUGGUUGGCGCGCAGGUCAUAAGAGCCCUGAAGACAUCGCAGUCGCAGCUAUGUACACGUUCCUGCCGGAUAACUUCUCGCCCACUAAACCCAAGCCGUCUAAAGAGUUGAAACCACUGCUGGGCUCCGCGGUGCUGGGGCUGCUGCUGGUGCUGGCAGCAGUCGUGGCCUGGUGCUACUACAGCGCCUCCCUACGCAAGGCGGAACGCCUUCGGGCAGAGUUGCUGGACCUCAACCGCGGCGGCUUCUCCAUCCGUAACCAGAAGGGAGAGCAGGUCUUCCGCCUGGCCUUCCGUUCUGGCGCGUUGGACCUCGACUCUUGCAGCCGAGAUGGCGCCCUGCUUGGCUGCUCGCGCACGGCCGACGGGCGCCCGCUGCACUUCUUCAUCCAGACUGUGCGGCCCAAGGACACAGUCAUGUGCUACCGUGUGCGCUGGGAGGAAGCGGUGCCAGGGCACUCCGUGGAGCACGCCAUGUUUCUGGGCGACGCGGCAGCGCACUGGUAUGGUGGUGCGGAGAUGAGGACGCAACACUGGCCCAUCCACCUAGAUGGCCAGCAGGAGCCACAGCCAUUUGUCACCAGCGACAUCUACUCCUCCAACGCCUCGUUCGGGGGCAUCCUUGAGCGCUACUGGCUGUCUUCUCACGCAGCUGCCAUCAAAGUCAACGACUCAGUGCCCUUCCACCUGGGGUGGAACAGCACCGAGCGUUCUCUGCGGCUGCAGGCGCGCUACCACAACACGCCCUACAAAUCGGCCGCUGACCGCACAGACGCACUGGAGCUGAGCUACCGUGUGUGCGUAGGCUCCGAUGUCACCUCUAUCCACAAGUACAUGGUUCGGCGCUACUUCAACAAGCCGUCUAGAGUGCCAGCGCCAGAGGCUUUCAGAGACCCCAUUUGGUCCACGUGGGCUCUGUAUGGGCGCACUGUGGACCAAGACAAGGUGCUGCAUUUUGCCCAACAGAUCCGCCAGCACCGAUUCAACAGCAGCCACCUGGAAAUCGACGACAUGUACACGCCCGCCUAUGGCGACUUCGACUUCGAUGAGGUCAAGUUCCCCAACGCCAGUGACAUGUUCCGCCGCCUGCAUGAUGCUGGCUUCCGUGUCACACUCUGGGUGCACCCGUUUGUCAACUACAACUCGUCAUGCUUCGGGGAGGGCGUGGAGCGCGAGCUGUUCGUGCGUGAACCCACUGGCCGCCUGCCCGCGCUGGUGCGCUGGUGGAACGGAAUCGGCGCAGUGCUGGACUUUACGCGACCAGAAGCCCGUGACUGGUUCCAAGGACACUUGCGGCGGCUGCGCUCUCGCUAUUCUGUGGCCUCCUUCAAGUUUGAUGCAGGUGAGGUUAGCUACCUUCCGCGGGACUUCAGCACCUACAGGCCGCUGCCUGACCCCAGUGUAUGGAGCCGGCGCUACACUGAGAUGGCGCUGCCCUUCUUCUCACUGGCUGAGGUCCGUGUAGGCUACCAGUCACAGAACAUUUCAUGCUUCUUCCGCCUGGUGGAUCGCGAUUCGGUGUGGGGCUAUGACCUCGGACUACGAUCGCUAAUCCCUGCGGUGCUCACCGUCAGUAUGCUGGGCUACCCGUUCAUCCUACCUGAUAUGGUGGGUGGAAACGCGGUGCCCGAGCGCACAGCGGGCGGUGGCAAUGUGCCCGAGCGUGAGCUCUAUAUUCGCUGGCUGGAGGUGGCCGCCUUCAUGCCAGCCAUGCAGUUCUCUAUCCCGCCCUGGCGAUACGACGCAGAAGUGGUAGCCAUUGCCCACAAGUUCGCCACACUGCGGGCCUCUCUUGUUGCGCCGUUAUUGCUUGAGCUGGCAGGUGAGGUCACAGACACAGGGGACCCCAUCGUGCGCCCCCUUUGGUGGAUCGCACCUGGCGACGAAACUGCUCACCGCAUCGACUCGCAGUUCCUUAUCGGGGACACACUGCUGGUGGCGCCGGUGCUGGAGCCUGGCAAGCAGGAGCGCGACGUCUACCUGCCUGCCGGCAAGUGGCGCAGCUACAAGGGUGAGCUUUUUGACAAGACGCCCGUGCUGCUCACGGAUUAUCCUGUUGACCUGGACGAGGUCGCCUAUUUUGUCUGGGCAUCCUGACCCUGCCCAGUACCUGGCAACAGCAUAGCCCUAACCUCAGCCUUUAUGCAGACCUUUAGGGCUCCAUCACAUCUGCAUUGUGUACCCCAGGAAGUCUAAGCCUCUGUACCACCCAUUUAGUGGGUACUGACUUAAAUGUGCUUAACCCAGCUGCUGUGAGGGAGGACUGGGGAGGGAACACUAGAGCAACCUCCAGCUCCAACACACAAUCAAUUCUAUGCCCUUUUCCCUCCUCACUCACUCUAGUCUGGACAAACUUUUUCCCUGGAAUGGAGGCCUAAGGAGAGCUCAGAGGGAAAAGGUCAGCUCUCUUCCUGUUGUUACACAUGAUUGGGUUUGUAAAGCACAAAGUGAAACCUCUUCCUCCAUCUUGGCCCUUAUACCAUUUUUGUCCUUCAGAGGUGACGACUUGAUCUCCUUUAAGGUCCCUAAAUAGCCCCCACCACACUUAAAAGUAUACAUACUUAGUAUUGGAAAUCAGGCCCUGAGUUUCCAGCACUGGCUUGAACUGUGGCUGAUUUGGUCCCCACUGCAGCUAAGGAGAAGGGAUAGAGGUGUUUGGCCAACUGAUUAGACAAUCAGCGCCUCCAAAGGAACAGGAGGACAUGCAGUACAGAGCCAUCGUCAGUGUUCCCCUGUUUGUGAAGAGACUCCUAACGUCACAUUAACCCAUCUGUGUACAUACAUGGGCUCAGCCCCUGGCUAAUUGUGCCUGUUGAGUACAGACUUGCAGGGUCAUGCAGGCCAGACUUGGUGCCUUAGCUCAAGAACCCUUCGUGUGUGUGUGGAGGGGGGAGACAUAGACACAUAUACCAUGGGUCUCUGGUCUAUAGAAUGAACACAGCAUCCCUGAGGCUGCAUAAACCUGGAAGGAGAGGCCAUGGAGCAAAUUUGAGGCUCUGAUUGUUGAGCGGGUCUCUCCUAUGUGGUUUCCCUAGGACUCUGCUGAGAAAUAAAUAGCUGUUUCCAGAUUCCCCAAUUGCCUUAUUCCCUGCACGUGUGGCAGGGUGUGGCCUAGAAGGGAGUGAUGUUCCUAUUCUGGUGGUGUGUGCUUCCAAACACAAGCUACACACACAUACACACACCAACACCUGCCAAUACACAGACAGGGUAAAGCCCUUUGUCUCAGCCAUUUUCACUUCCUAAGAAGAGCAACCUCAACCAGAGUGAGUUUUUCCUGAUUUUGUAGUUCAGUCUGGAGAAGAGUGGCUUGUCAAAGGUGGGAGGUGGAGACAAGGUGGGAAUCAGCCUCCUUCAACAGCUCUGCCAGCAGAACCAGUUUCCCACCCCCUAGAGAAUACAUCCCUUUUCCUACUUCUCUACCUGCUUUAUUUUCUCAGUGUGGAAAAUGCCUGAUGAAAACUUUGGAACCCUCACAGAUGCGCAUGUCAGUGUGCUAGGAGUGCUAAUUCUAUCACUUGGUCUACCAGUUGAGUGACCUUGAACAAGCUGCUUAGCCUCAAUAAGCCUCAGUUUCCUCAUAUGUAAGAUGGUGUUAAUAAUGCCUACCUCCCAGGUUGUGAGAAUUAUAAGCACAGGUGUAUGUAAAGUGCCUGGCACAAAGUAGGUGCUCAAUAAAAGGUAGCUAUUAUG